UCCUUCUCCCUCUCACCAUCCCCCCCUUGCGGGUCCGAGUGAAGGGUAAGAGACUGCUUAAAGCGGCCUUUGGGGGCAUCCCCAACCAGCCAAGUUGUAGUUGUAGUGCGGCACUCCCGGGGCACGCCAGUUUGAGGAACACUGGCUUAGAGCAUAGGUAUACAGUCUUUCUAUAUGAUUUGGACUAUAACUCCCAUCGUUCCUCAACCUUUUCCUCCAGGGGCCCCUCUCCUCGGUGUGGGAAGAGCUUUUGUGGAAGCAGACGAGCAAGAGGGACUCUUUAAAGUGGCCUUCAGACAUGGGGGUUGCUGGGAGUUGUAGUCCAACACCUCUGGAGAACACUGGGAUGGGGACAGCUGGCAUAGACCCUGGGCAAACGAUCUGGAAUUCUUAAGUUGGCUUGUGCUACAAUUCCCAUGUUUCCUGACCCUUGGUACUGGGGUUGAUGGGAACUGUAGUCCAAAGCAUCUGGAAGGUGCCAAAUUAUCCCUUGGGAUAGAGUGUUAGGCAAAGACCAGGGAGAUUUUUAAGCAGGCUUCAGGCUUGUGGAGUCUACUUUAUUGGCCUCCCAUCCCCAAAUCCACCCACUAAAACCAGGUGGUAAUCGGUGGCUCAGGUAUUGCAGGGGCCCCAUAAGCAGCACACCAGGACAACCUGCAUAUCCAAGCACAAAUCCACCUCUGAGUUAUUACAGAUCAGAGAUUGCAACGCAAAACUGUAAAACUGGCAGACAAGAUGCACAGAAGCUUGGUCAGAGACCGCUGAUGAAUGCUCCUAUUUUACAGGAACCCGAGGUGUCUUCACCUUCUUCCUUUACUGGAGGUGGCCUGCCUCCAUGUACCAGCUGCUGACGAGCUUGGGCAGGAGGAAGUCUUGCGCCCAUCCUGCUUGCCACCAUGUGUGCAGAGUGCUGGACUAGGUUGGCCUUUGGUCUGAUCCAUGUCUCUUCUUAUGUUCUUAAGUUUGCGAAAAACCACAGUGCAAAGUCUGCUGUGCUGCAAUUUAAAACAGUUCAGACAGAAGUGAGCCUACUGGUCUCCAAGAAUGCAAGCUCAGAUGGGGGAAUUUGGGUGUUUAACCCUUGCCAAUAGACAUUUGCCAUUUCACAUGUGAAUAGAGUCCUGUUUGCUCAGAACAAACAGCUUUUGUAUUCAUUGUGCUACCUUGGAGUUUAUUGGUUGCUUGGCAUAGUCAGUGAGAUAUACAGAACGUGCCUGCUCUUUUUAAUAAAUAGACUCUGAGAGAAUACAAAUAAGUGGCUUAGGAAGCCUGGCUUUUGUGGCUGACUGGCUGUCUCUGGGUGACAUUGCUGUUCCUUUAAUAGUGGCCUAAGUCAAUGGGCCCACUUCUUCUAUAUCUCCUGCAGAGCUGGAAAUGAGGUGGUGGCACCCCAACAUUUGCAGAAAGCGUUGACUUUGUCUUUUCUAGAGUCUCUUUUCUGGUUCCCAGUUUUGUGGCGCUGAGAAGCUAUAGCGGGUGGACAAAGGUGUUAAAGAGUGCCAUCCCCCUGUUUGGUAACAGCAGAAAGAUCACCAUCUGUUGCAUGACUUCCAGGCUUUUGGGUGGCUUUGGAUGGGGCAGGUAGCUUUGACUGGGGGUGUUUUUUUCAAAGCUGUGUGCAGAGAUUUGCAAGGCAGUAAUGAAAGUGCAACUGGAAGAAAAGACAAAACAACAAAAUACCACCCAUGUUAAAAUAGAAAAGUGGUAGACAAAAAACCCUUUAAUGACCCCAGAGAGCUGCACACCAGAAUGCUUGUUAAUUAAAAGCCUGGGCUAGAUAAAAAUAAAAGCCCUUUGCCUGUCAGCAAAGACCCAUGUAAGAGGACAUCAUGGGCACAGUGCUUGAGGUGGCGUCCCUGAGAAUGCCUCGAUGCUGGUCACCACCUGCCUAACCUCCAAAGACAGAGGAUCUUAGCAGACGGACAGGCCCACGGUGGAGAAGCUGUACAGGCUUGAAAAUCUGCAGCUCCCUGGAUGCGCAGGCUGAGAUCCGAUCAGACUGACUGGCCUAUUGAUCCUGGGGAGCUUUUUUGCUGUCAAUCUUUUUGAACAGAUGGAGCAUCUCCUACAUGUAUCCUGAAAAGCAAUGGCUGCUGCCUCGCACCUGAACAUCGCACCUUCUAAACAGAAGCCCUCCUUUGGCAUCACGAAGCCUGCUGCCUGGCAGCCAAGCCCUCUGACCAUGCACGUCACUCGGCCAAAAUCCGCGAAGGGGCGCACAAGGUCAAACUUGAGUUUCUCCCACAGUGUCGAGGCCUAUUCGUACCAAGUGCCUGCAUCCCCGCAGCCGUUAGCCCCCUGCCAUGAUGCAGCCGGCGGCCGCAGGGCAUCUUCUUCCCAGCAACUGUCCCAGCCCCUUCCAGUGUUUCCUGCAGAAAUCCCAGACCUCCUUCAGCAGGUGCCCAUGGGAACGUCCUCCUCUUUAAAUAAGUACAGAGUGCUCCCAUCCAUCAGCAGGAAGGAAAUGAGGGCGGGUACCGUGGAAGUGAUGUCCGACCAGAUUGGCCAGCUCCAGGGCAGCGCACAGACGGAGGAGGAAGAGUGGGGCUCCAGCGGGCUUCCUGCAGUGGGGAAGGGGCCCACCCCGAUCCUGACACAGCACAAGGGGGGCAGUGGAGAAUACGCGCAGGUUCCACCACCUCCUUUGGAGAGAAAGCCAUUCAGCAAAAUUAGCAAGGGAACCUCUGCGGCACCGGCACUGAAUCUGGACGAGCCCUGCGAAAAGGAGCCCCGGCUGCUGCUGGCCAUCCGGUCUCCCUCGGGUCAAAGGUUUGAACACCACUUUCGGCCAAUGGACAGCCUGAAAACCAUCCUUGCCGUGGCAGAGCAAAAGAACUCGGCCGUGUACAAACACUGCAGCAUCGAAACAGCGGAAGUGCCUCGGAGGACUUUCUCUGACCUCACCAAGUCCUUGCAGGAGUGCGCAAUUGUCCACAAGUCAGUGCUGUGCAUUCUGCAGGAGGAGCAGGAGGGGGCGCUCUGAGCAGCCCGGGGCUGUUCUUUGCAUUAAAUGCUGCUGGAGGGUGUGGAUUUUCUUCCCAUGUCCUCUCUUUAGACUCAGCAGAGGUUUCUCCUCUGUUGUCGUGCUUUCCCACGCUCUUCCUUGCAUAUCUGGAAGGAGUGUGCAGGACCAGUUUAUUUCUCAAGUGUUGCAUUGAAUUCCCCUUCCUCCAUCUUCCCGUUUAAUUCCAUGCCAUUUUGUAAGUUGCCAAGUUGUUUUCAAGAUAGUCUGUUUUGCUGGGAAGCUUUACAUUUUUUAAUUCACUUUUUCCAGAGGGAGGAUCAGUUUGUAUCCUUCUGGGAAUAGAUCCUUCCAACUCCAGAAGUAUUUAAAUGGGUGGAUGGGAAAGAUGACCCACCAGGAUGUCUUUCAUAAACUCUAUUUGUAAAUUCUCUUGUUUGCACAGCUUCUGUCCACCAGGGCUCGGGCAAGAGAGCUUUCUGGCAUUGCCCUCAGCGCUAUUUUCUUGAGUUCGCCAUUCAAGACACAAAGGGAAGUUUAGUUUUGAGGAAAGGACAGCUAACUAAUCGAUUCCUCUAGUUUUCGUGAUACGAGUCAAGAGAAAGAAGCUUCCCUUAACCUGGUGGCCUCCAGAGGUUUUUGGCUACCUCUGGAGCAGUCCAAAAUGUCUGGGGGCACCGGGUUGAGGAACGCCGUGUUAAGUAAAGCUGUCUUUCCUUGCCCUUCUUGGGUUUAUGAAUUAAUUUUUUUCUUUCAUGAGAUUAUGGCACAAAUUCUUUUGGGAUAAUCUAAACUGAAUGGGUUUAUGGGUUUAUUCAGUAUAAAUUUGAAUUUCACUGUUGUUUGGCAACAGGUGUGGAGCCGUUGCUUUUUUGAAAUAGAAAUUAGUUGUGAAAAGUGUUGAUUUUUGCCUAGAUCUGGCCAAGCAACUUUAUCUGAAAGCUGCUUUCUCAUUUUUAACAAAACCGAAUCAGCCUGGUUUGAUUACAAAAGGGCUUGCUUGUGUUUAUCAAAAUGCCAUUUUGUAUCUAUAUUUUGAACUGUUUUAAGGUUUCGAAGAACAUCUUUACCUUCCCACACGCAGGGUUUAAAAUCCAGGUAUUACACAACAAAUGGAUUAAGUUCCAUGAGCAGGUAGCUUGCCAAAUGGUCUGCUUCCAGGUGUUCUCUUCUUUUAAUCGAGUCAGUGUUUUGCCUCGCAUGAUGGCCAAACUAACCGUGGCAGCUGGUAGGGAAUGAUCCUUCCCUUGGAUAGCAGCUGGUGAAUAGGCCGGGACUGGACCCCUUGACAGUGUUGAUGCAGCAGGUCGGGCUGGGUAGGGUGAGCGGUGCAGCCUUUCUUCUGUAUCUCUGGCAGUUUUAGCCCCCUCUGCUCUGUCCUCAGCCCAGACCAGUUACAUGUCCAGCAUUGCUCAGGUUUUGGCAGCUGGAGCCCUACCUCUGCAGUGGCCCCAUGCUCUCUACUCUGUUACAAGGAAUGGACAGAGGCCAGCGGCAACAGGGUGGCCCAACAUGCCAUCUGUCAGAUCUGCAUGCAUUUUGCAGCUGGAAGGAAAGAAAAAGCCAGCUGUCCCAGGCUGUCGGCUUUGAGAGCUAGGUGUUCAGAGGAACGGUCCACUCUGGCCUGCAUAGUUGCAGGCAGCUGAGGCCUGAUCUAGGUAACAGUUUGAGAAAGUACACGCUCUGCAGGCUGCAGAAUCAAGAGAGAAGUCGGAGAUGUCCUCUGCUCUCGGUUGGGGUCUGUGAAACUACGCCCGGAAAGAGUCUUUGUCUGGCUUGCUCCAAGUCCGUGUGCCACUGAUUUAGUGGCAGUGGCGGGGAGGGACAAGCUAAGUUUUCUACUCACAAUUUUGUGGUGGUGCAGUUCCUUGCAUAGAAGAGGAGUCUCUAAGCUAUGAUCAGUUUAGGACUGGUGUAGACAUUCAGGAGGUUUGGGUGCUGAAGCUGUUUCCGGAGUGCACCACUCUAGGCUGGGAUGGAUGGUGAGUGUGCUGAUGAAGCAGCAGCUCUGGGGCAAGACUAGGCUGAUUCUUUCCCCACACUGGCAGUGACCUGCUUGCACUAAUUCCAUGUGCUCAGGGAACUGUCAGACGGAGUCUGGGAAGGGCCUGACCACGUGAUUCUGCUGAGUUUACAGACUGUCCCAUACGUUCUAGCUGAAUUCCAUAUACAAGGCAAGCUUUUGAGAAUGACCUCCAUGCUAAGCAGAUGUUGACUUUAAAAUUCAGCUUCUGAUUCUCUGGCAAGCCAGCGGAGGGUUGUGUCUCAGCCUAAAGAAGAUCAUGAUGCUUUGAGAUCCCUGUGUAAGAUCCACAAAGUUGUAUUAUUUGGAGGGGCUGCAAGUGUGCUGACCGCAUCCUUUACUCCUUCUUGGGAACAGCUGAACCCCUCUCUGGGAAUUGACAAGGGCAGGGAAUCAGGUGUAAUACAGUGAACAGGUUAAAGUGUAAGUGGGAGGAAUAUAUGUUUGCACUUAAUUUGAGAACAUGUUAUGUGUACCGUUAGAUACAAUAAAGAUAAUUUCGGGUGUAA